AUGUUGAAACCAUUAGCAUUAUUGAUUCUCUUCUUGUCCACUAUCCAACCAAACAAUGGUGAAAACUCAUUAGAAAAAACUUGCAACCAGACUCCAAACAAAACCCUUUGCAUUCAGUAUCUAGAGUCAAGUCCUAGAAGCCCUAAUGCAGAUGUCCAUGAGUUUGCACUAAUCAUGUUCAACAUAAUGAGAGACAAAGCAACAACUACGAUAAUCAAAAUCGAUAAACUUCUUGCAGGGAAUAAUAUCCGUCCUGGCACUCGUGAAUAUAAGUCACUUGAGAUAUGUGCUACUAUAUACAAAGAAAUUGCAACAUCUAAUGCUAGAAGAGCCCUUGAAACUUUGCCAGCAGGAGAUCCUGAAGCUGCGAUAGAUGCUGCAAAUGAUGUUGUGAGGAAAGCUAAUCAAUGUGAGGAUAACUUUGUUGGAAGAAUAUCGAAGGAUAUGCGUACACCUGUUAGUGAUGAUAACAAGGAUAUGGAAAAUGUAGCAACUAUAUCAGCAGCUAUUGCUGAAUUAUUGCGACGUAGUAGCUAG